AUGUACGAGGUGAGCACCGGCCAGUGCUUCGCCACCCCCAUCGCGAUCGGUCCAUACAGCGUGCGCACCUCAAUCUCGCCCGCGUCCGCAAUCCAGCUUGCGGGCAGCGCGACGGAAGCACGCGCUGGCCCGCGCCAGGACCUCGCCGACCGUGAUGGGCCGCCAUUCGACUUUAAAACGCCCGCUCGAUGGCGCGCUCUGUUGUCCUGGGCGAAAGUAUAG